AUGCGAUUAGUUUUAUUCAUCUUUCUGCUUCUCAUAGCAGAAAGUUAUCAAGAAUGCUCAUGGAAUAAUUGUCCACAAUACUCUACAAGCAAAAAUAUUAUUAAAGUUCAUUUGAUUCCUCAUACCCAUGAUGAUCUUGGGUGGAUCAAGACUGUCGAUCAGUACUAUUAUGGAGCCAAACAAACCUUGGUCCCUGUUGGUGUUCAAUACAUCUACAACACUGUUAUUGAUGAGCUUAUGAAAGAUGCCACAAAGAGGUUUUCGUUCGCUGAAACAGGAUUUCUUUAUCGCUGGUGGAGCAGUCAUAACGAAAACGAACGCAAUAAGCUCCAAUUACUUAUUGAGAAUGGGCAAAUUGAGUUGAUUGGUGGUGGUUGGGUGCAGAACGAUGAGGCAGCAUCUCAUUAUGUGGAUAUAAUAGAUCAGAUGACCUUAGGGUUAAGGCAUCUUUCUGAUUUCUUCGGGGUGUGCGGUGUUCCGAGAGUGGCCUGGCAGAUUGAUCCAUUUGGUCAUAGUAAAGAACUUGCCAAUAUUUUUGCUCUUAUGGGAUACACAUCAUUAUUCUUCGCCCGUAUCCAUUAUCUCGAAAAACAGAGUCGCCUUCAGAACAAGACAUUAGAGUUUAUCUGGAACGCUUCAGAAGACUUGAAAACGCAAAUUCUAACAGGGGCCUUCUAUCAAGACAAUUAUGGCCCUCCAGAGGGAUUUUGUUGGGAUGCCCUUUGUGGAGAUGAUCCAAUUAUGGAUAAUAUUGAAAUGGAAGGUUACAAUGUGAACGAAAAACUGAAAGCUUUCGAGAAGCACGUGAAAGAGCAGGUUUCCGUUCAACGCUCCAACCAUGUGAUGUUGUUAAUGGGAAGUGAUUUUCAAUACACAAAUGCCAACAGCUGGUAUUCAAAUUUAGAUAAACUGAUCAAAUAUGUCAAUUCAAAUAGCUCAAUGAACAUCGAAGUUGCUUACUCAACACCUUCAUGCUACGUUGAUUACCUCAUGAAAUCUCGUCCUCACUUGACUAGUAAAGACGAUGACUUUUUCCCUUAUGCUUCAUCUGACCAUUCUUAUUGGACAGGAUACUUCUCAAGUAGACCAACAUUCAAACAGAUGAUCAGAAAGGCUAGUUCAAAUCUACAGUUGAUCAACCGGUUAGCAGCUUUGGCUGGUUUAGGAGCAUCAUCCGACCUGAGUAUCUCAAUUAUGAAAAAAGCUUCAGCUCUCGCCCAACACCAUGAUGCUGUGACAGGAACUGCUAAAGAAAACGUUACAAAAGAUUAUGUCAAGCGUUUGCACAACUCAUUCAUCCAUACAGAGAUAGUUAUCAAUGACUUCUUAGCCGCUCGUGGAUUGAAAAACGGAGUUCAAACUCACUACUCGACCUGCUUCUUAUCCAACGAAACUAUUUGUGCUCCACUGAAAGAAUCAGCAAGUUUUGCUGUCACAGUUUUCAACCCAACAGGUCAAAACUACGUAGGAAACAUCAGGUUCCCCUACUACUCUCGGUUCGCUUUAGUUGAAAACGAGAGCAAAGUUGCUAUGAAAUCUCAGAUAACCAAAACAUUCCAAAUCAGUAACCAACUUAACUCUGCAGACAGAGCACCAUAUGAAUUAACGGUUAAUUGUACUAUUCCUCCUUUGGGCUACACUACCUUCUUCGUUAACAAUUCCAGUUCCUUAAAAUCUACUGUCGUCUCUCAUCCCGUCAGAAACCCUGAAGCUAACAAGACGUUCAUAGAAAACGAUUUCUAUGUACUUCUUUUCGAUGAGAAUGGUUUACUCUCAAAUAUAAAAAUGAAGAACACGAACGAAACCCAUAAGCUAUCUCAACAGUUCUUACUUUACGAAGGAGUUGACAAUACAACAUCUCAGCCAUCCGGAGCUUAUAUUUUCCGUCCAAAAACAGAAGAACCUAAGCUGUUAAGCACCUCAUGCAAGUUGGAAGUUGUAAAAGGAGAGUUAUUAGAAGAAAUUCGUCAGGUUAUCAACCCUUGGGCAACCCAGAUGAUUCGCCUUCAUCGUAAUAAGCCAGAAAUCGAGUUUGAUUGGGUAGUAGGUCCCAUUCCAAAAGAAUUAGAAGACUCUCCUGUAACGAAAGAAAUCGUCACGAGAUACUACUCGGAUAUCAAUUCCGGCUCGGAAUUCUUCACUGAUUCCAGCGGAAGACAAAUGAUGAAGAGAACACGAAAUUUCAAUCCAUCAUUCACUUAUCAGAAUACUGAGCCAACCUCUGGAAACUACUAUCCUGUAACGAACCGAGUGUAUAUCAAAGAUGAUUCCAAUCAAAUGACUAUUCUCACCGAUCGAGCUCAAGGAGCUACUGCUGACAACGGAUACAUAGAGCUCAUGGUCCACCGUCGAUGUUUCUAUGAUGAUCAUUGGGGUGUCGAAGAAGCAUUAGAUGAACCAGGAACCACUGGAAAAGGAUUGGUAGCUCGUGGCUCCCACAUCCUCUUGUUGACUAAUCUGAAUGAAGCAUCUUCAGUUCACAGACCGGCUGCUUUACGGUUCUUCCACGAGCCUUUGUUUUCCUUCACAAACGUCUCGAACGUAACUGAAUUCAAACAAAAUCAUAGAUUAUCUUACUCUGGUCUUGUAGAUCCACUGCCUGAUUAUUUGAACUUGUUGUCCAUCGAGAAAUGGAAAGAUAACACAUUGCUACUUCGAUUGGAACAUCUCUACCAGAGCGGAGAGGAUAAGGAGAACAGUAAACCUAAAGAAAUUAUUGUCAAUAAAAUGUUUACUGAAUUUGAAAUUGUCAAUAUGGAAGAGUUGAAGUUAGGGGGAAAUAGGAAGGUAACUGCUUCAUCGCGAUCAAACCGAAACAGAGAUUUCAAAGUUGAGUUGAGACCCAUGGAAAUUCGAACAUACCAAAUUGAAGUGAAGCGGAAUUAG